UUAUUCCUCACGAUACGUUCCGGGUGACUUAACAAGCCAGCGCGCUCUCAGAGUCGAGGUUCUACAUUCAAACAGUUAAGACAUACAUUUCGUUCUUUUCCAGUAACUCAUUAAUACAUGUUAAUGUUCCUCUGUGCAUGUGCAGUUGCAUUUAGUUGUAUGCCCACUUACUUUAUCCCCAUUUUUCCACCAUUAGCUUCACGACAGAGACUUAUGGCUGACCUUUAGCUGUUUUUCCCUAAUCUGGCAAAAUUCAAUUGCUCGUUAGGCCAUAAUGAGCAAUUUCCAAAACAAUAUAUGUGAAAAUCUGUGGAAAACACCCUUGCACCUGAUGAAAUGCAAAGACAAUUAGUCUGUUGUGACUCCAGUGCUUCUCGUGAAGCAGAAUUAAGAGAAAACAAAGCUGUUCACACACCAAAGUUGAAAUUUUUAGAAUUGGCACUCAUUGAUUCCUUUUGCUGAACUCAUAUAUUGGCCCUUAAACUAAUAUACUGGAUCCCUAUUGCUAAACAAAUCAGCCUAAUUGUCACCUUUUCAGCCUAAACUCUGAAGGGGUGAGUGGCUUAUUCAGAUUUUGCUCUUCAUUAAUAUUAGUGCAGCACUGGGAGCAGAAAAAUAUUGUCUGGGGAACUGCCUGUCCCAUGCCUCCCCUUUCAUGAUGCUUAUCUCUCUUGCUUUUCCCAAGCUCCAAAAUUACUUCCAAACCUUCUAUUUUGUAACUUUUUAUUCCCUUCCUCAUUAGACCUCAAAGUUCUGCUGCUUUCCUCCAUCCUCAGAGAACAGUAGCAUUCCUUCUUGGCCUUUGCCUUCGGUGGCUGAACCAAGAGCCUGAACUCUGAAGUCAUUUUGAACAAUAUGUGCUUCCAUGCUGACACUCCGGUUGCCAAUUCAACAUAAUUACACAGACUGGACAGGCACAAGAGCCUUUUUUGAGAAAGAGUGCAGGCACAUCUCCCUUCCAAUACAUGCAGCCCUCCAGCCAACCUUCCAAGCAGAAGCACAGCUCUUACUGCUGGGUUUUCAAAGAUCCUGUUUUGGUUUACAUCUAGAGCAAUUUUAUGUCUGAAGGAUAUUUCAGAUCUAGAACUCAGCAUCAAUAUCCUCCAGAGUCGUAACCAUAAGGCAGCACCAUCUUCUAUGACAGUGGAAGAAUGUGACUCUGUGGAAGAGAUUCAAUUGUAUCCACAUCCCCAAACAUGGGACUCUUGCCUACCACAAAUCACAGAAUCACAGAAUGGCCAGGGUUGGAAGGGACCUCCAGGAUCAUGACUCUCCAAACUCCCUGCCACCAUAAAGGAUGAGCUCUCUUAGAUUAGUUCCUAAAGCAGGUUUCUGAAGAUUUCAAAUUCUUCCACCCUGCAGAAGCCAUUCCUCCUGCCUCAAACAGACACCACUUCCUGUUCUCAGCAGGACAGUGAAAAAGCCACGCUCUUAGCAGAGAAAAGCACUAGCGUUAUCUGUAUAGAAAAUGAUGGAUGCGGUAGCCAAUAAAGAGGCAAUUUAGCAGCAAAUUGUUGCAGCAUUCUUCUUAUGAGGUCAGCAAAUGACAUAACCAAUACUGAAAAAUUAACCCUGCCCACAGCACGGGGUUUGGAAUCGGAUGUUCCUUGAGGCCCCUUGCAAGCUGAGCCAUUCUGUGAAUGCAGGAUUCUGCUCCAGAAAGCGCCCAAUGGGCCCAGCUAUCCGUCAGUGACAGGGGGACUGACUUUUUCCUGGUAAGAAUUCAGCAGGACAGCGCAGUCAUUUUUCUUAUCGAGCACACCUACAGGAACGAGGAGCAAAGCGAGGUGCCUGCAGGCAGGAAGGACAGCACGAAGGGGCAGCGUGCGGACAGCGCCGUUCAGAACUGCUGCCGGCCCGCCGUGCUCAACGUGACCCUGCAGUAAGAGAUGCCCUCGAGCCUGCAGGCGCCCAGCAAGGCACAAAGCACGGAGUUCCACCGGCCCGAGAGCCGCAGCUGCACAUAAUGUCUUCUGGAGGCUCAUUUACCUGCGAGGGCCUCGAAUGCGUAAAGAGAGACCCAUCGUUAGAGAGCGACCGCGGCUCGGCGCCGGGCACAGCUCCGCCCCGCUCCCGCUGCCUCCCCACCGCCCCGCUCCGGGAUUGCAGCGGCCCGCCCCGCCGGGGCCUUUCGGUGCCGGCGCUGUUUCCGGGGCGAGCGGCCGCGCCUGCCCCAAAGUCGCGGAGCCUAGGCGGUGCCGAGGUGGUGCCGGGCGCCGACCCGGCCCGGACGCGGCUGUGCUUCGCGUGGGGCCCCGCCGAGAUGCUGCUGUGCGAGACGCUCUUCGGCUGCAGAGGCAGGGAGCGCCGCGAGGCUCCGGGAGGCAGCGCAGGGCCGGGGCCGGCGGGGUGCGGCGCUGCGGGCGGUGGGGACGGAGCGGCGGGCGCCGCGUGUGUGUUCGUGGUCCGCAGGGAUCAGGACAUCUACAUGGAGACGCUGCGGAAGCUCUUCAACGAAUCCCACGGCAUCUUCGUCGGGCUGCAGCGCUGCGAGGAGGAGCGAGCCGCGAGGGCGAGGAACGCGCAAUUAGUCCAAGUGAGCAAAAACUACCGCUCGGUCAUAAGAGCCUGCAUGGAGGACAUGCACCAGGCUGCAAUUUCAACCCGGGACUCUGCCCUGCACAGCCAGUACAGCAUUCAGGUUUCUAUUCUCUCUGCUAUGGAGCUGAUUUGGAAUCUGUGUGAGAUUCUGUUUGUUGAAGCAGCUCCAGCCGGUCCUCUCCUGCUUCGUCUCCUUGACUGGGUUCAACUUCACAUCUGUGAUGUAGACAACAUGGUCCGUGAAGUUCUGAGCAGUGACAAUCCAUCAAAACACAAGCUCUUCUGGAACGUGGUGGAUAUCUUUGUGCUGCAAGGCCGAAUGGAUGAAGCACGCCACUUGCUCUCCAAGGAAGCCAUUGCAAAUCCCACAUCAAUGAACAUGUACAAAAUCCUGGAUGAUUUGAUGAAGAAGAUGCCUGUGCCCAGUCUUGGUAACACCCAAACGCUGACUGAGAUGGAGCUGAAAUGGCAGCACUGGCAUGAAGAAUGCCAACGUUAUCUACAGGAUGGAACCUUUGCUUCCAAUUCCCACAUGGAAUCCAUCUGCAAAAUCCUGCUGGGAGAUGAGAAUGCCAUACUAGAAAAAAAGGAACUCAUGACUACUUGGUACCACUUUCUGGUUACUCGACUCCUGUAUUCGCAUCCAACUGUGAAGCCAAUGGAACUGCGGUUCUAUGCACAGUCUAGUAUGGACAUGUUCCUGGGUGAAGAAAGCAGCCCUGAACCUCUAGACAUAAUUUUAAUGGCAGCCUUUGAAUUUGAGCUUCACCAAGUGAUCAAGGAGUGCAGUGUUGCUCUGAGCAACUGGUGGUUUGUGGCUCAUCUGACUGACCUUCUGGAUCACUGUAAACUCCUGCAAUCUCACAAUCUCUAUUUUGGUUCAAACAUGCGUGAAUUUCUUUUACUAGAGUAUGCCUCAGGACUCUUCUCCCAUCACAGUCUGUGGCAGCUGGGGGUGGAUUACUUUGACCACUGUCCAGAAUAUGGCAGGGUCUAUUUGGAACUUCAUAUUGAGCGGAUACCUCUUAACACAGAACAGAAGGCCCUCAAAGUGCUGAGAAUCUGCGAGCAAAGACAGAUGCACGAACAAGUCCGAAGCAUCUGUAAAAUCAUGGCCAUGAAGGCUCUGCGAAAUAAUCGCUUGGGCUCUGCCCUGUCUUGGAGCAUCAGAGCCAAGGAUGCAGCUUUUGCUACACUAAUAUCAGAUCGAUUCCUUAAGGACUACUGCGAAAGGGGAUGCUUUUCUGACUUAGACCUCAUAGAUAAUUUGGGACCAUCCAUGCUGCUCAGUGACCGGCUGACAUUUCUCGGCAAGUACCGUGAAUUCCACCGUCUGUAUGGGGAGAAGCGGUUCUCUGAAGCUGCCAGGCUGCUUUUGAUGCUGAUGACUGCUCACAUUGCCCCUUGCUCCUUCUGGAUGACCCUCCUGACAGAUGCCCUUCCCCUGCUGGAGCAGAAAGAGGUCAUAUUUUCAGCAGAGCAGACUAACGAAUUAAUGCGAUGCCUGGAAGAUCUAACAGCAGGGAAGCUGGAUAGGCAGAAGUUUCAGGAUGAUGAUGUUGAGACCAUGAAAGUGGAAAUGCUGAGACUUGCUCUUGCGCGAAAUCUUGCACGAGUCAUUGUCAAAGAAGGCACAUUAGAAGGAUCUUGUAGACAGUAAUGUGUGAUUUUACUCUGUGUGGCUUAUUGUACAUAAACAUGACUGGUUUUCUAAGAAUAAAGGUCUUGUUUUGCA